AGCACGCACAAGUUCUGGGGAUUCUACUUGGAGACGAGGAAGGAGAACUUUACCACACAGCUGAACUUAACCUCUCAGGUUUUGCAGGUUUGUUGCCUGCAUAGACGCACUGAUCAUUGGAUGCCCGUGCGUAAAGACAUAUUCUUCCAGUUUAGGUUUACGAACAAACCCAGGACUUGGAGAAGUUUUUUUCAAAGUUUAAAGGCUUUCACUCCGGCAAGGAAAAGUCAAUUUGAGUCAAUUAAAGACGUUUUUUUUAAUUCAAGUGAGGCGCAAGAGUCCACAGUUUCAUUUUUUCACGCGUAAAUUUGGAAGCAACCCGUUUUGCGUAUGAAUCUUCUCGACCCCUACCUGAAGAUGUCGGAGGAACAAGACAAGUGUCUCUCUGAUGCCCCGAGCCCAAGUAUGUCCGAGGACUCCGCGGGCUCUCCGUGUCCCUCCGGCUCUGGUUCCGACACCGAGAACACCCGGCCGUCGGAGAACGGCCUGCUCAGAAUGGAAGCGGCUUUGGCUGAAUUCAAGAAGGACGAGGACGAUAAGUUCCCCGCUUGCAUCCGCGAGGCUGUGUCCCAGGUGCUCAAGGGCUACGACUGGACCCUGGUGCCCAUGCCGGUGCGCGUAAACGGAUCUACCAAGAACAAGCCUCACGUUAAGAGACCGAUGAAUGCCUUCAUGGUGUGGGCGCAGGCUGCUCGGAGGAAGCUGGCCGACCAGUACCCGCACCUGCAUAACGCCGAGCUCAGCAAAACCUUGGGCAAACUCUGGAGGCUUCUCAACGAGGGCGAGAAGCGGCCAUUUGUGGAAGAGGCUGAGCGCCUCCGGGUGCAGCACAAGAAGGAUCACCCGGACUACAAAUACCAGCCAAGGCGGAGGAAGUCAGUCAAGAACGGCCAAAGUGAGCCCGAGGACGGCAGCGAGCAGACCCACAUUUCCCCCAACGCCAUUUUUAAAGCCCUGCAGCAGGCAGACUCUCCCGCAUCCAGCAUGGGAGAGGUGCACUCCCCUGGGGAGCACUCAGGCUCCCAGGGACCCCCGACCCCUCCCACUACCCCAAAAACUGAUGUCAGUUCAGGCAAGAUGGACCUUAAGCGUGAAGGAGGUCUCCGGUCACUCCCUGAUGGCACCAGCCAGCGCCAGCUCAACAUCGACUUCCGUGAUGUGGACAUUGGCGAGCUGAGCAGCGAAGUCAUCUCUCACAUCGAGACCUUCGACGUCAAUGAGUUUGACCAGUACCUCCCACCAAAUGGGCACCCGGGUACCGUGAGCGGGCCGGGCACACCAGUCGCCUACAGCGGUAGCUACAGCAUCAGCAGCGGCGCUCCGGUCAGCCCGGCAGCAGGGGCAGCCGCCUGGAUGCCUAAAAGCCAGAACCAGCAGGGACAACAACAGCAACACACCCUCACCACCCUGGGAGGCGCCAGCGGGGGUGGCGGUGGCGGAACCGGUUCCGAGGCUCAGCACAGGACUCAGAUCAAGACAGAGCAGCUGAGCCCGAGCCACUUCAGCGAGCAGCAGGGCUCCCCGCAGCACGUCUCCUACAGCCCCUUCAACCUGCAGCACUACAGCCCCUCCUCCUACCCGGCCAUCUCCAGGCCGCAGCAGUACGACUUCACCGACCACCAGGGGGGCGCCCCAUCCUUCUACAGCCACGCCGGGGCCCCUCAGAACUCGGGGCUCUACUCGACUUUCAGCUACAUGAGCAGCCCCAGCCAGAGGCCCAUGUACACGCCCAUCGCUGACAACACGGGGGUGCCCUCCAUCCCGCAGAGCAGCCCCCAGCACUGGGAUCAGGCACCCGUUUACACCCAGCUCACCAGACCCUGAACCCCCGCAUCGAGUACAGCCACGUAGAUCUGAAUCAGACACUUGAAGUCAAAGAGAUGGACUUGAGAUUGGCUCACGCCGUGCCUUGCUAUUGUACUAUGAUAGAAACUUUAUAUAAAUAUAUAUAUUUUUUAGAGAUUUAAAAAUCCUCUGUGAGGAUUUUAUUGUUAAUAUUUCAGUAGGUACUGUCUUUGUUUUUUUGUCUUCAUACGCUGGCGGUUGUUUAUGACCAUGGGGUUGGUUAUUUGAUAUAAAAUUGAAAGGAUUUUGUUGUAAUCAGUCCAUCAGUUGAUGUGUUAUGUCAUUAUGUUUCUUUGUAGAUUUAAAUAUGUCAUUAUUUUUCUGUUAUAUGCUGUUUUUGUUACAUCAUUUUUACCCUGCGCCAUCGUGCCUUGGAAUGUUUCAUUUUUCUCUAGCUUUCGGAUGCAUGUGUGUGUGUGUGUGUGUGUGUGUGAACAGCUGAGAUUACACUUACCGUCCAGCAGCGUGUGUUUGACAGCCACAGGAAGUCAACUUUGACCCCUCCCCCUGCAGUCUCCUUCCACGUUGAUAUUUAACCCGUUUCCUCAGACAGCCUCCAUUAUUUAUUUAUUUCCUUAAAUUUUUUUUGCAUCCUAGUCUUAUUACUUUUUUUUGUUAAUGUAAACAUCUCAUUUUCAUUUGGAUUCCAACCCAGGGGGUACUUAUACAAAAUGCUGUAAUCAUCUUUGUUCUUUAUUUAUCUUAUCUAAAUGUCUAUUUUAAGUAUGUAUUUCUUUGAAGGUAAGAGAGGGGGAUUAUGUUACAAAAUGUGUUAUUUGUGAAUUGUCGUUUAAGUUUAAUAAGACUGAAAGAACUGGAAAAUACUAUGUAAGUUUGAAGGUUUUUACAGUGUAUGUUUUUCUUUUCUUUUUUUUUUUUGUCUCGUGCAGCUCCAUCCUUCAGUAUCAAACUAAUGUUUCUCCCAUUUCUGCUAUUUUGCAAAGCAUUUGUA